GACGUAAUUUAUCAUUCGGCUCUCGUCGAUUUCGGCUUCAAUGGCCGUUCAAACCAAGUAAUUUAACUAUGGAAUCUUUAAAAAUCUCUGCGUUAUUUGAGCCAUCAACGUUUGAAAACCUUACCAAAUCAUAAUGGAAUAACGAAAGAGUCCGUUCAAGUUUUCGAAUACGAAGGAAAAGGAAUUUUUUAGUGACAAAUUGACGUUUAUAAUCAAGCCAUCUUUGCCGGCUCGGUGAAGUUUCGUAUAGUCGAAAGAAGAAUGAGAUCAAGCCAAAGAAAUGGUGGCCUGGCAUCGCAUUCGCAACCAAGAUAUUCAAAUCAUCCGAGGAAUAAUCCAAUGCAAAACGAACAAAUGAGAAAUCAACCAAGCUAUCCAUUACAGGGUGCACUGAUGAUUCCAGGACAGCGUAAUCAGCACUACAUGACAGCCCCUUCCAUAGCAAUAUCACAACGACCAUUAAGACCAGGUAGGACAAUGUAUUCCUCCUCUCCACAAAGACCAAUGAUGAUGCAAGAAUAUGCAAUGCCACAUCAAUAUCAAGUUCUACAGGAACCAUAUGGGCAGAUAAUGCGACCUGGUUUCAUACAAAAUAUUCCACAACCUUAUCCGCUGCCAGUAAGCAAUGCUUCAUUUCCUCAGCAAUACAUUUCACAAACUCAGCCACCAUUUUAUGCCGGAAUGCCACCUAUGUAUUACUCCCAUGUGCAAUCAAACCAACCCAUACAACCACAGCAACCACAACAACAACCUGCACCAAAUGCAGGAAUUUCCACAAAUACCAACAAGGCAAGAUCCAAAAGACCUUCAAAGAUCAUCAUUAAGGAUCCAAACAGCAACAAAGAUAUUACAGAAGAAAUAAGAACACAUAGUGGAACUGCUAAUGGUAGAUCAACUGCCACUCCUCCAUUGGCUAAUACAGCUGCACAAACAGAAUCAUCAGCAAUCCAGGCAGAAUUUGCUGCCAAAGUAGAAGCCCGUAGAGCUGGUGGCAAAUUGGAUGGUGAGAAAAGUGAAGGUACUAACAAAGAAAAACCCAGCCAAGGAGAGAAGAGUAGGAUAGAUUUAAAAAUUAUUGAGAAUGGUAAAACUCCUCGUGAUCAGGAAGUAAAGGAUUCUCCAAUGCAAAUCGAGAAAAAUUCAGCAAAUAAUGCUAAAUUAAAAAAUGCCAAUGUUGUUGAUAAUUCAAAGAAGGAAGAUGAGAUAGAUUUUGAAGCUCAACAAAGUUCUUCAAAUAUGAAAGAAAAGACCAAAAAAGAAACUUCAUAUGCAACUGAAGUGAAAGUUUUGAAAGCAGACAGAGAACAGAAUGGAAACAUUGAAUCAGAUGUUGAAAUCAGUUAUAGGAGCAAAGAGCCAGAUGAUGUAGAGAAGAAAAUUCUAACAAAGUCUGAUCAUCUAGAUUUCGUGACACAGAAAAAUGGGACAGAACUCAAGAGUGACUUAGACAGUAAGCAAAUGACGGAAAAUAACAAAGAAAGUCCAAAUAACAGUGUAGAAACUUCAGAUAACAUCGUAGCAGCUUCUGAUAACAUUGUAGCAGCUUCUGAUAACAUUGUAGCAGCUUCUGAUAACAUUGUAGCAGCUUCUGACCACAAUCCAGAAACUCAUGCUAAAGUGACAUUUGAUAAAAACCAAACACCUGAUCCCAGUGCCGUAACCCAUGAUAAAAAUCUAAUUCCUCCUGAUGAUAGUGAAGCAACACCUGAUAUCAAACCAGAUAGAGCUGAUAACAGUGUAGUAACUCCAGAGAACAGCACAGCAACUCCUGACAAUAAAGAAGCAACUUUUGAUAGCAAAACAGCUGUUCCAGAUUGCAAGUCAGCAAAUCCUAAUGACAGUUCACCAAUUACUAGUAAAAGCCCUGCAAAUCCUGAUAAUAAUACUGAAAAUGUCGAUAAAGAUAAGGAUAUUACCAAGAAUAGCCUAGCAACUUUUGAUAAAGAUAUGCCAAGGUUUGAUGAUAGAAAACUAACUCUUAGUAAUGACCAAGGAACUCCUUGUAAAAGUAUGAUUACCCCAGAUAAAAGCAGCACAAGUUCUGAUACUGAAACAUUGGGAAACCUUGAAAAUACACCUUAUAGCACAGAGAGUCCUGUCUGUGCUGCAGCAGAUAAGGAACCUAGCGCAAUGAAUUGUGAUAAAAGCAACGACACAAUAGUGAGAGACAUGGAAAAAACGAGCAAACAAAAGGAUGAUUUGCCAAAACCUACUGCAGUUGUGAAAGAAAUAAGAAGUAAUGCUGAUGGAAAAAAGUCUGAAAUGAAAAGUGAGACUGAUAGUAAAACAAAAACAAAGUCUGAACCUGCAAAAGAAGACAAAGUGGAACGUCGUGAAGAGACAAUGCUGAAAUCUGAUAAUCAGCAAGCAGAGAAAACACCAGCAUUGAAGAAGUCCCAUUCCCAGGCAGACAAACCUAAUCAAAAACAGAACAAUCAAAGGUCUCAAGGAAAGCAAUCACAGCCACAAGCCACAAAACCAGCAGAACAACCGAAAAAGAAAUCGUCAAAACAGCGAUACAAAGACAUCAACAAGAAAGAUACAGGAGGAGACUUGAUGGAUGCAUACACUGAGAAGAAGCCAUCACCAGAGCCCGUGAUUGAAAAACCCGUUGAAGUAGUACCAGUAGAAAGCGAGAAACCUUCAGAUGAAGAUCUGACUUGGGAAGAUAAAGGGGAAACAAUUGGAGAAGAGAUUAAAGUUGAGAUAGAAACUGAGCCUGUGCCUCCUGAACAACAAACGAAAAGAAAGUACGAACGCGAUUUUCUUGUGCAAUUUCAAUACAUGCAAGUUUGUAUGGAAAAACCAGCGAACCUGCCCAAUAUUGAUGUCAUACUGGACGUUCCACAACCACCCCAGAGUAGAACAGGGAGCAGUGGUGGUGGCUCGCAGAGAUCCGAUUUCUUGCCUUCUUACGCCCGCCCGAAAAAUCAGCCCGGUGGUGGAAAACGAGAUAGCCGGUCAAAACCUCCAAGAAAAAUUAUUCCUAUGGCUCCACCUCCAGUUGUAGUGCUAAACAAAAGCGAAAACAGAUGGCUACGACCAGAGGAAAAAGAAAAGGAAUUAUCAGAGGAGGAAAAAACUACGGCGGAAUUGUAUCGUAAUGUUGUGGCGAUUUUAAACAAACUGACUCCUCAGAAGUUCAAGACGUUAGUGGAAAAGAUUAUGGCUUUGAAUAUUGACUCCUGUGAACGUCUUGAAGGCGUCAUUGAUAGAAUAUUUGAAAAGGCGAUCGGUGAACCAGUUUUUAGCGUUGCAUACGCUAACAUGUGUCGAUGUUUGUUUACUUUAAAGAUAAAUGAUGCUGAUGGUAAUGUUGUGUCCUUUCGAAAGCUGUUGUUGAAUCGGUGUCAGAAAGAAUUCGAGAAAGAAAAGGAAGAUGAAGCUUUGUUAGAAAAACAGAAACUUGAGCAAUUGGAAGGAUUGUCGGAGGAAGAACAAAAAGCAAAGAAAGAAGAGCUAGACGAAGGCUUGGCCAAAAAUAAGAGGCGAAUGUUGGGAAACAUCAAAUUCAUAGGGGAAUUAUUUAAACUUAAGUUGUUGACAGAAAACAUCAUGCACGACUGUAUUUUCAAGUUGCUUCGAGCUGGUGACGAGGAAAGCUUAGAAAGUAUGUGCAAGCUGCUGUUUACCAUUGGUAAAGAUCUUGAUUCAGAAAAAGCUAAGCCGAGAAUAGUGCAAUAUUUCGAUAAGAUCAACAAAAUUAUUAUUGCCAAGAAAGUGUCAUCGCGUGUGAUUUUCAUGCUUCGUGAUGUCGUUGAUCUUCGAGAUAAUAAAUGGAUACCUCGAAGAGAGGAGCAUGUUAACCCAAAAACGAUUGACCAAAUUCACAAAGAAGCAGAAAUGGAGAAACAACAGGAACAAAAAUUGGUGUCACAAUUGCCUGCCAAGGAUAAACAACAACUGAAGAAAGGUAGUUCAGGUGGACGGGAUAGUCCUAAACCGGUCGCAAACGAUGGCUGGAUUACUACAGGAAAAGGCGGAAAGUCGCAGCCUAUCGACCAAAAUAAACUAAGAAACAUGGCAAAGCGAGCAAACAACGAGCAAAUUUCACUCGGUCCCAGCUCUCGAUUUGGUCAAUGGGGUCGUGGGAGUUCGGCAGGUUUGAACAACUCCUCUCAAGAGCAAGAGCAACCACAGGGAAAUAGAUAUUCUGCGUUGCAAUCCAGUUCUGGUGAUCCUUCGUCUGGUAGAGUUUUGUAUGAUCCUCGACGAUCUAACUCAACUGGUGCAAGGACUUCGUCAGCAGGUCCACGUGGUAGUGAUAAAAGUCGACAGAAAAGCGGCAGAGAGAGUGCCAUAGAGGCUGCCAGGGCUCUGUCGAACACAUCAAGCGAAAAAUCUCACUAUACGAUACAGCCAUCGCAGCCAUCGGCUAGUCAAGAAAAACAACCUGAAGUUAAAGAGAAUGAGAACAAGAACGAGAUGGUGAAUGAAUCAUUAAGUGAAGAAGAACUUGCGAAGAAGACAAUCGCACUUAUUGAUGAAUAUGCAAAUAUCAAAGAUAUAAAGGAGGCUGUCGCGUGUUUCACUGAUCUUAAUUCGCCGUCGCUCCAUUAUUUCUUCGUAUCGACCUCGGUCGAAUACACCUACGAGAAGUCAAUGAAAGUUCGGGGUGACACAGGUCGGCUUUUAGCCGAACUUUUAUCACUUAAUAAACUCAGCAAGGAGCAGUUACUUAAAGGUUUUAACAACAUUUUCGAAGCUGCUGAUGAAAAUUCUAUGGAUUAUCCGAAAUUGUGGAACUAUUUGGCGGAAAUUAUCAAUCCACUUCUUGGAGAUCGUCUCAAACUUAACGACCUCAAACCCCUGAUAUUGCAGCAUCUUGCUCCGAUUGGUAAAGCGGCUGUCUUAUUUGCCGAGAUCUUACUGGAAUUUAAAAAAUCUACCUGUGAAAGUGAAGUCGUGAAAUUGUGGAAUGAGCUUGAAAUAGACUGGUCAAAUAUUCUGCCACCACGGUUAACCAUAGACGAGUUCUUAUCAAGAAAGAAUUUAAAUUUUUUAUCUUCUGAAGCUAACGAUGAAUUACUGAAAUUACUUUGCGCGAGUCAAUUAAGAAACGAUAUUGUAUUUGCUCAUAUUGAGAAAAAUUUUAAAGAAGAAAAGAGGAAGGAAGCUGAAUUUAUAAAUUAUUUAGUCUCGUCUGUAGCAGAAAGUUGUCUAAUAAAGAAAGAAAAAGAAACCGGUCCAGAUUGUUGUGAAGAAAAACUAAAAGCAAGACGUGACAUAUUAAAAAAGUAUCUUGAUAAUAAUAUGAAACUGCAGCUUGAAGCCUUGUUUACUUUACAAAAAAUAUAUGCCAAGUACGACAAACCAAAAGACAUGUUGUCAAGAUUUUUCAACACUCUCUACGACGAAGAAGUGAUAACAGAGGGUGCUUUUUUGAAUUGGAAACAAGACGAAGAUCACUCGCGACAAGAGGCGAAAGGACUUGCGCUACAGGCAACAUCUUCUUUUUUUGAAUGGUUACAAUCAGCUGCUGUUGAAGGCGGCGAGAACUGAACAGCGAGAUAAAGUAUGAACAAAAAUAUGACUAUUUUGUCUUCCAUUUAAUACUUACAAAAACUUAAAUUGUCUGAUUACGGAACGCGCUUUUUGUUAACUCGUAAUGAAAGAUGAACAAUUGUGUGGACAUAAUAUGUUGUAUUUGUUUGAAAACUGCAGUGUGUGCCUGGGCAUAUUAUUCAUGCCCGUAUGACUUAUCUUAUUUAUAAGAAAUUAUUUUGGUCAAAUUUUCGUCUCUUUCACUUAAUUUGAAAACGAGAUGUAUAUGUAUAAUGGAGAAGAAUCAAUUGAUAAUAAAUAUUAAAAAGCA